CUUCCUGUUUUAUAGAAGCUGCAAUGGAAUAGCAAGGAAAUCCCCGAUCACAGUUACUCUAUGCCAAGCAGGCUCAACAUCGGACCUCUGUAAGUUUGAUUUCUAUCGAUGAUAUUGCUUUUUAUACAAAAAGAAACGUUCUGGCUCACGACUGUGGUAAGUCUGUGCGGUACAGAAUUUCACAAUUAUUCUCUGUUUGGGUGUCUGAUGACUUUAAAAUAAACAGAAUUCUAUCUUUAGAAUGUUAUCCUUAGAUGCUAGAGCACCUGCCAUCCCUCUUAUAUCCUGGUAUUCUACUGUGCAGAGUUGGUGAAUUAGACAAGUUGCAAAAUUAGCAAAUUGCAUUGAAAUUUUUCAAUAACAUUCGGCGAUAAGUGAGAUUCCAGUUCUCCUGAAUCUAUGCCCUGGCUGUAAGAAAUGAUUCACAGAAAAUGAAAGUAAACAUGAGUUCGGCACCUGCAGACAUUUUGUAUAUAUUUACUUAUGUAUAUAUAUUUAAUUUAUUAAUUGCAGUUUCAAACUGAGUUAAUCUUGCUAUGCUAGAUUCAAUUUCUAUAAUUUCCAUGUGAUCAUUUUUUUUAUUUUUUUUUAUUUUGCUGUAUAGCUAAAGAUAAAAAAAAAGUUUCAAUGUACAUGACCAUACAACAUAGAAUUAGUUACAAACCUCAUAUUAAACAACGUUCACCAUGUCAUAAUCUCAUCAUGCUUGUAGUACGGCCUAAUAUAUAUCACAGCGCUUUUACUUUUUACCUGAGUAUCGAUGCUUUACACACUUACAAACCUGUCAAAAAAAGGAAUACAUGGCUAAUUGAAAGGGAGAGGUGGCUACAAACAUGGCUAACGGAGAGGGUGAGAGGGCUGGAAACCUUGGCUAAUGGAAAGUGAGAAGGAGGCUGGAAACAUGGCUAAUUGCUGUCCCAAUAAUGAAGAGGACUGGAGGUUGGAUAUCUGAGUUGGAUUGGGGACCUGGACCAUGUCUGAAUGUGGUAGGAAAUUUCAGCUUUGGAAUGGGGGAUUGAGGGCACUUGAGAACUCUGCUAUGCCACCAGUUUGUCACUAACUGUUCCUAUAAUCAUACCACCUUUACUGUGUAACCAUUCCAUGAAACACCCACUACACACAUCACAUUAGUUAAAACUACUUUGGCAACGAGACAGUGAAUGCACACCACAUUGAGUCACAGUAUUUUUCUUACAAGGAACAAUGAAUCACACCUACAGGCAAUGACACUAAACUUUAUCAUUUUAUGUUAAGUUUAAUGUGAUUCACUCUUUACGAAUACACUCCACAUUGAUAUUUAAGUAACUGUUGAUUUUUCAGGACUAAUUUGGGAAAUGCAAAUUUCAGGAUAAAAUAGUUGAAUUGGAGAAUGGGCUAUUUCUGCCCAUAUUUUAUCAUUCUCAGCAUUAUAAUGUUUGAGGUAUAAAUAACCCUGACUGUCACUUUUAUUAGAAAAAUACUUAUCUCCACCAAGUUCAAUCUUUCACACAUUCCUGUUACUGCUGAUCAAGAAUAAUGAAAAGAAAAAUGCUUUGAGAUUGCAAAAUGACAAUGGAUACAACAAUUUAUAAUAGUUAAUAAUAUUUAUGUUAAUGAAUAAACCUUUAUAAAAUCAUUGAUGAACAUGUUUUACUUCUAAAGACACCAGGUGAAUUGACAGCCUUUCUCCAGGCAGUGCAUUCCAUAUCCCUGUUCUGUACAUGUUAUGCUACACUAGGGGCUGUACAGUUUUUAUCAGUAAUUUAUAUCCUCCAUUUUCUUAUUACGUCACUAGUAAAGCCUAGCGCUGUAUUUUUUUCCUGUUCCAUAAUGUCCUACAGGACAAAAAAAUAAAUAAAGCCAGUGCAGUGUACUUCUCUAUGAUCUAGCUAGCAUUAAAGGGAGCCUAUAGUGCCAGGAAAACAAAGCUGUUUUCCUGGCACUAUAAGUUUAAUAGUUUCCCCUUUCCCUUGCGCCCCCUCCCGUGGGGCUGAAGGGGUUAAAACCCUUUCAGUCACUUACCUGAAUCCAGCUCCGAUAUCCCAUGGCGCUGGGUCAGGCUCCGCCCACGCUCCUCCCUCACCAACAUUUAAUGCUUUCCUAUGGGGAAAAUCUGACGCUGGAGGUCUUCAUGCAGAGCGUGAGGAUGUCCAGCUUUAGAUAACAGACCAAAGGACUGUUUGGAUUCCUUUACUGCCCCCUCAGUGGCUGUCUGGUAGACAGCCACUGAGGGCAGUCCAAGAUCUGCAAUGUAAACAUUGCCGUUCUCUGGAACGGCAAUGUUUUACAUUGCAGCACUAAGUGCAAUAGGGAUACUGCACCCAGACCACUUCAAUGAGCUGAAGUGGUCUGGGUGCCUACAGUGUCCCUUUUAACUUUUCUUGUCUGAGUCUGUGACAGCCUGUUUUGCACUCCUAAAACCUGCGUAAUUUGCAUACAUAUGCCCUGAACCCUAAAAUGUAAAAUGUACAGGGUAACUAAAGUGAGAAUUGUUGAGAAUUCAAAGUGAAUUGAAAAUGAAUUAUAAUUUAAGGGCAAAGUAUUUGAAAUUAAAUAUUAGCUAACUUGGAGAAUAUUUUCCAGUUUGCCUAUUUUGGCCUUAAAUAUUAAAUUCCCUUUAAAUUCCUGACAAUUAUCACUGUAGUGAAUAAACCUGUAAGAAUUGCUUAAAUUGAACUUUCACUACUUUAGGAGAAGACAACAAAGCAAACUUCUUGCGUAAUAGAGAGUUGUGUAGAUAUGGUGUCAAAAUCCACUUCUUAGUAAUAAACAACUUUAACCUAUCUAUUACAUAGUAAAUAGAAGAGCGGGGACCCACCGAAGGCCAGGCUAUUUUAGCUGCUGUCCUGAUCGGGGACCCACCGAAGGGCAGGCUAUUUUAGCUGCUGUCCGUUCUCAGAAUACUCCUGUGACCCAUUUUUUGCUCUUCAUUAGUAAAUAGAAGAGUUUAACUGGCAAUAGAAUAUUUAUAUAUUUGCCAUAAACUUCUCUUCUUAAAAGGACACUAUAGUCACCAAAAACAACUUUAGGUUAAUUAAGCAGUUUUGGUGUACAGGUCAUGCCCAUGCAGUCUCCCUGCUCAAUUCUCUGCCAUUUAGGAGUUAAAUCACUUUGUUUAUGCAGUCCUAGACACACCUCCCUGCAAGUAACAUGCACAGCCUACCUAAACACUUCCUGUAAAGAGAGAUCUAAUGUUGAAACUUCCUUUGUUAAUACAUUUUAAAAAAUAAUUUUACAAGAUGUUUCAGGCAUGCAAUUAAUUGUUUUUUAUAAUUAUAUUUUUAUAGGUUUGAGUGCUGAAUUAUCUACGAAGAGCUUGCCAAUAAAUGGAUCUUCUGAAAACUUUCUAAAAUAAAGGACAAGAGCCAUACAAUGGCAUUUGUUUCCUUUUGUCUCCUUGCUUUUGCCUCCAGCUUUGUGGGCACCUGGUGUGCCACUUCCCCCUCUGUUAUAGCAAAUUACUCUGGCCAGGGGUUAAGCACAGUACCAACUAAUCUAUCAUCAUUGACAACCAUAUUAGAUUUAUCUUUCAACUUCAUACACGCCUUGGAAGAUGCAGACUUCAGCUACAUGUCUGAGCUAAGACUCCUAAACUUGUCUCACAAUGCACUUAAUGAACUGGACUGCAAGGUUUUUGAGUUCAACAAAAACUUAGAGUUCGUGGAUCUUUCCAACAAUAGUCUGAAGAACAUCUCAGGUUUGUUUCCAGAGGCUCUCCGCCAUCUCGAUAUUUCUUUCAAUGAUUUCAAAACCAUGUCUGUCUGCAAAGGGUUGGCAAAUUUAUUGCAACUGGAGUAUUUAGGCAUUGGUGCAGCUGAAAUUGAAAGGUCAGAUUUUGAGGCCAUCACACAUCUACAGCUACGGUAUGCGCUCAUUGAAUUGCAGAGACUCUCUGGUUAUGAAGCUGGCAGUAUAUCCAUGUUAAACACAGAACACAUUCACAUCAUUCUACCAGGUGGUACAUUUGACCCAUACAGUGUUCUUAUCGAUGCUGUCAGGACAACCAAGUCUUUGGAAUUGUCCAACAUAAGCGGUUGGCAAUUAAAAAACGAAUCGGAGAAAUAUAUGGCAGACAUUGCCAAUAACUCAAUAGUAACUGAUUUAACCUUGAGUCACAUUAAAUUAGAUUGGUUCCAUCUAAUAAAGGCUCUGCAGUGCAUCUGGCAUUCUUCUGUGGAAAAACUAUACAUUUACGAUCUCAAUCUGUUUGGUUUCGUCACUAAAAUGGAUUUUGACUAUUCGAACACUUCAAUGAAAGAAUUUGUGGUAGAUAAAGCUUCAACAACGGUUUUUUUAUUCAAUCAAGAAUAUUUAUAUCGAGUUUUUGCAGAAAUGAAUGUUGAAAAUCUGACGAUAAUCUCUGCUAACAUUAUUUUCAUGGUGUGCCCUUUGAAACCUAGCACCAUUCAGAACAUACACUUUGAAGAUAAUGCUCUCCCUGAUAAAAUAUUCAGCAGCUGCAACACUUUGACCCAACUGAGAAGCCUAAAUUUGGCACAAAAUAAACUAGAAAAAGUGUCAAAAAUAAGUGAAAUGACACAAAAUAUGCCAUCUUUAAAACAUUUAGACAUUAGCACUAACCCUCUGCACUAUACUGGGGAGGUCUGUCACUGGUCCCAGAGCAUUAUUUGGCUAAAUUUGGCAUCAUGUGAUUUAACUAGUUUAGUUUUUAAUUGUUUGCCAAAAUCUCUCAAAAUCCUCAUUCUGAAGAAUAAUGAUAUUACACAUAUUCCCUUGGAAAUGACCAAGCUGGAGAAUUUAAAACUACUAAAUCUUGCUUUUAAUCGUAUGUCUGAUCUCCCUGACUGUUCCUUUUUUACAAGGCUUGCGGUACUCAAUGUUCAAUCUAACAUAAUUUCUUCUCCAUCCCGUGAAUCUAUCAAAAGCUGCCAAAGUGUGAAAGAGUUAAACGUAAGACACAAUCCGUUCCAGUGUGAUUGUGAUCUAAAAAACUUUAUUGACUUUGAAAAAAUGUCACCUGGAAAAUUAAUUGGUUGGCCGGACAGCUAUAUUUGUGAGCAUCCUGAUGAUUCCAGAGGGAUCAAUCUUAAAAAUAUACACAUUCCAAUAGUAUACUGCAAUGUGUACUUACUGAUUGCAAUUAUUGUAUUGCCAAUAAUGUUUAUCGUGGCUCUUCUUUACUGCCUCUGUAAGUACUUUGAUGGCCCAUGGUAUUUAAAAAUGUUAUGCCAGUGGACACGAACAAAGCACAGAAUAAGGAGAAAGAAGAAUGGGUAUGAAGAACUACAAAAGGAGACGGUAUUCCACGCCUUCGUAUCGUAUAGCGAACAUGAUGCAUCCUGGGUGAAACAUACUCUAUUGCCAAACUUGGAAAAAAAUAAUGCUUCAAUACGGAUCUGCCAACAUGAACGAAAUUUCGUUGCUGGCAAAAGCAUAGUUGAGAACAUUAUCAACUGCAUUGAUAAAAGUUACAAAUCUAUCUUUGUCUUAUCACCAAAUUUUGUCCAGAGUGAAUGGUGUCACUAUGAGCUAUAUUUUGCUCAUCAUAAAUUGUAUACAGAAAAUACGGAUAAUCUCAUCCUUAUUUUACUUGAGCCCAUUCCUCAGUAUCUGAUUCCUUCAAAAUACUACAAACUAAAAACUCUGAUGUCGCAGAGGACAUAUCUGGAGUGGCCAAAGGAGACAGGCAAACAUGGUUUAUUCUGGGCUAAUUUGAGGGCAGCUAUUAAUAUUAAUUUGCCUGACCCAGAAAGUCAAAGCAGUUCUUCUGUGUCACAUGUAAGCUCAUAAAUAUGUUACAAAUAUGAAAGGAUUUAUUAUCCCAACAUCAGACAUUUUGAUUUAAUCAUAUCUUGACAUUCAGGGUAUAUAAUAAAAAGAAAGAGCAUAUCUUCUUCUUUUUGGCAGUCAACACAUUUUAAAUGUUUUUCUUCACACAUUUUCUUUUACAUAUGAUAUGUUCUUGUUUUUUGUACACUAGGUUAAAGAUGUAUUUUGUAAGAAUACACAUCCAGUUAUGAAAUAGUUUAUUUGUAUGAUAAUAAAGGUUUCUAGUAGCUUUUAAAUGGUAUUGUAUGCCAUUGUCAUUGACCAUUUAAAGAGAUCAACCCAGGUCUUUGGGACGUUAAAGUUGACAUGUGACAUGUUUUAUUGGGUCACUCAAUGCCAAGUCGACCCUAUUUAAAAUUUGCAAAGAUUGAUUUGUAUUUCUACUGUAGCACACUAGACAGAACAUAUUAUCUUAAUAUAAUAUAUGAAAAUGCUUUAAACAGUGCAGUAUAGGAGUUAAUGAGAAUAGGGAAUGUAAAUAAAUCAUGUACAGCAUUUAUCAGUCUAUAAUGCACCUAAGCAUUGAUUUCUUUUUAUUUUAUAAACAUUUUCAAUAAUUUAAUAUUUUUGGAUAAACUUUUAAAAUGAAUUCAUAUUUUGAAAAAUAUUUAAUUCUUUCGAUUUUUUUUAUAUUUUGAUAUAUUUUUAUGCGAUUUAUUUUUCAAUAUUUUGAAAAAAAUAUAUUUUAAAAGUUUAUCCAAAACUUAAAAAUAAUUUGAAAAGCUUACAUAUUAAAUCAAGGUCAUGCAGAGAAGGGCAGGGUAGCUGGGAGGUUUGUGAGUUGUGUAAGGAGAAUAAAGAGUUUUUGCACAGUGUCAUCAUUGUUUAGUUCUAUCCCAAAUGGGAUGGGGGCACUUACCUGUGAUUGGCACUGUAGCAUUGAUGGCAAAUUCAAAUACUUGUCAACAUAAUGAUAGGAGAUUGACCAAUUCUGACUGGCAUGUCAGUAUGCCAUUGGAACUACAACCACUGCCAGUCACAAUUAGUGUUUUCCAACCACCAAUGCCCACAACCUGUAAAAGUUUCCAAUUCUGCUAGUUUGACCUAAAAUUUUAAUUUUUAAUUUAAAUUCCUGACAAGUGAAAAACCUGAUGUUAUUUACUCACUAUAUUGUAGUGAAUUGAAAAACAAAUGUAUGCAAAAGGUGCUGCUUUAGAACAAUUCAAAUUGUUAGCAAGUGUUGUGAAUAUUUAUAUUGGGGAGAGUGGGGGGCUACCAGGGCAUGUUGUAGUAGUUAUGGUCCCUGAUGUGCUCCUUCAAUAAUGAUGACCAUGUCAAAUAAUUUUUAAAAUGUUAGCAAGGAUUCUUAUAAAACUCUGCUAAUUGUUUCCUUUUAUUAAACUGGAACUUAAACAUAAAUGAAGAAGUGAAACCAAUGUUUUGGUCUGUUACCGUGUAUGCACUACACCCAUGUUUUAAGCCUAAAUGAUGCAAUGCAAAAUUCUAAAGAGUGAUUAUUUGGAACGCCUGAAGUCCUGGCUGUUCUAAGCUCUAACCAGUUUGACAUUCUCUUACAUGGUUAUAGUUAGGCUUAUCAAUGUUGCUAUUAAUAUUCAUAAUGUGGAAAAUGUACUAAUGUCUGUUGCAAUACAGCAAAUGUAUCUUAACUCAUUCAUUGCCCGCUUUGUAUACUACUCCAAUGUCCACAACACCGGCCCUAGCAAGAGUCCUGGUUCUUCCAUUUACACUAUGGAGCUCACUGUGCUCUUGCUAGACUUUAUAUAGAGCACCAGGCAGAAAGCAUAGCGUGCUAAGCGAUGAUGUUACUGCCGUGUGCUCUCCGUGUGCCAGACAUACCGACUGGCAACCAUCUGAUCGAAAGUAGACAGACCUGAUGCUGAAAAUAGGAAUUGCACUGGUAGGGAGGUAUUUUUCAUUAAAUUUCACAUUGAGAACCUUUAAAAAAAGAUUCUAUCAAUACACAUAGAACAUAUUAUUUUGACCAAUUGUCCUCUGAGUACCAGAGAUGUGUUUAAAGGGAUACUGUAGGCAUAAGGCACUGCAACCGCUUCAUCUAAUUAAAGUGGCUACAGUAACUGGAAUUCCCAACCGCCUCGGUCGCCUAAUGGGUUAACGGACCCUGAAAGGGACAAUCUUUUUUCCAAGCAGAGCCUAAUGUUGCAACAUCUCCCAUAGAGCAAAACAAACACAGAGAAUUAUAAACAAACAACAGGUUUUGUUCUGCAAGAAUGUUGCUAUUCCAGUAAUUCGUGAUUCAAACGUUGAAACUGACCUGGAUGUAUCUGAGCCCUAUUCAGUCUCACUUUCGUCCUUUGUGUCUUUCAGCCUCUCUAUUAUUUUACCAUUGGUGCAUUAGCCAUAGACUAUAUUAUUUGAGUUUCCUCUUUCUCCUUUGCUGUGUUCCUGAUGCCUCUGUCAUGAAGUUUCAUAUCCUCUGUUUGAUGUCCUUUUGCCAUUUCGCAUACCUCAGCUGAAAAUGCUAAAUAUUGUACAACCAUAGAGGCAGAUUCACUUGAUAAAUAUUGCCCAAGAAAUCUCAGCAGCCCUAAAAAGGAUUCUAUAUUGAGGCAGCAUUCUUUAGAGAACACAGCACACUGAAAAAAUCCUUUUAAAGCAGUUUGACUAUAUACAAUUAGGCUGGGCCAGGGCACUCGUGGCACCAUAACCACUAUGGUGCCACGAGUGCCCUGACCCAGCCUAAUUGUAUAUAGUCAAACUGCUUUAAAAGGAUUUGACUUCUUGCUUGGAGUCCACCAGACACUGCUCUUUCCCUCCCCUAUUUCCCAUGAUGAGGUGAGAUUUCUUAUGAAAGAGCUUCCAUUAGAGCUCUGGCGCUAAGUUUAGCUCUUCCUAUGCUAUGUUUGUUUUUCAAUGGGAAAUCCUUGGUAACUUAACUAGACUAAAAAUGAACUGUGAGCAUGUGAAAGCAAUUCUCAGUCUGGCCUGAUAAAAACUAAUAAGUAAUUCUACGAGUGUUCGGCCUCCGUAAACGAAAAUCGAAAAAUCAUCCUUAGCCCACGGAUAAGUAUGAAAAAGCAGGUGCCUUCACUCCAAAGACUCUGACAAAAUGUCACACUUUACCUGUGUGCCUGUCUACAAUAUAUUUAAAUUUUUGUACUUAUUUGCUGGUUGAGGUACAUUUUUGGCAUCCCUAUUUAUUUGAUCUGUCCGCUCUAACGUUGAGUUGAUCAUUGAGUAGAAGACAUUGUGCCAAGGUCUUGUGUUUUUUAUUAACAAGACAGCUCAAAGAAGGUUUAGCUACUUUUUCUUAUUUUGCUACUUCGGAUUGUUUCUGUUGAGCUUGAGCCCUCCAGUCCAGACUCCUUUAAGAAAUUGAAUUAAAUGAAUUCAAAAAAUACUUGACUUGGUUGUUUUCUUUUUCAUUCUUUUCUUUUCUUAUUACAACAUAUAUUAUGUAGGAACUUAAUUGUUCUUGAAUUAUCCUAGAACUCACUAAUCGGAUGUUAAUUGCUUAAUCUCUAUAGUAACAAACAUAUACAACCACUAUCUCCUCCUAUUUGAUGAUGGAUAAUCCCUGAUAUCCGCAAAAUAUGUCCUAUCAUGUGAUUUUUUUUGUAUUUAAUAAUGUUUUCAAUUUAUAAAGGAGACUGAUGUGAUGCUUCACGUAUCUCUCAUUUUGACAAGCUUUGUUCUAAAUAUCCGCUGUAUAAUUGUUUCCUUAUUGUACUGUCUAACAUGUGCUGUGUUGAUGCAAUAUUAUCAAUAAAUGUGUUAUAUAAAAAAAAA